AUGAGAGUGCAGACUUGGACGUGGCGGGAGAACUACACCAGUGGCUCUAAGGAAGGCUCUAGCCUUGCCCGUACCGAAGCUGGCACCCCCAGGGAAUCCUCUAACUGGUCCCACGCUGAAGUUCUUCUUUUGAUUACGUGCUACGAGCGCCACAUGCUAGAUUUCCAUGACAGGACGAAGAAAAGAAAAUAUAUUUGGACUAAAAUCACCACAGAAAUGAGGGACCACGGCCACUUGAGAACAGCCUCUGACUGUGAGACACAAUUCAAAGGGCUAAAAAGAACCUAUCAGAAGCAUCGCCUACACAAGCAGAAGAGUGGAAGGGAUAGGAAGGAGUGGCCCUUCUAUAAAGAAAUGGACAACUUGUUGUCUUGAAGUGCAGAGUGCCAGGCACCAACUGCAUCAAGCAUGCCUCUGGAGCCAUCGACAUCAGCCUUGUCAGAUGUACAGCUAUCGGGACAGACUCGAGAAACUUAUGUGGCCACUGGUGAGAGCACUGAUGAUGUUUCUGAUCACCGUUCCUCCAAAGUUAUUGCGCCAAGAGUGGCAGCUAAUGCUAAACGGCGUAAAACACCGGCAACUUUAUUAAAACAUAUUCUGAAGAACAUGGAGGAAUGGCAAGCUGAGGAGCGACAACGUUACAAGCAGCAACUAAAAAUGCAGCGACUGAAACUGAAAAUGCUUAAGCGCAUUGCAGAGAGUGCCAGGCAACAUAGUAAAUAAAUCACUUAUGUUGGGCUUAAGAGAAAACAGGAACACGCUUAGCUUCUUGCAGCAUCUGUUACUGCCAGCAACCUCGGUGCCUGGCAGUGCAACGCACAUUCAGAAUGUACAGGCUGUCUCACACUUAGGGGACAACUUGGAGCGCAUUGCAAUGUGCUUUGAGUUUGCCCCUAAGUGUGAAACAGGCUGUACGUACAUGCGACAAUGUUGUUUUGCUCUGGUCAAUGAAGAGC